AUGCCUCUCAAUAUUGAUCUAAACACUCCAUAUGUUGAUCAUGAAAUGAUAGAAUGCAACAUAACACCUUCCAUUAAUCUAAAUGACCCUUCUUCAAGUAAUCUUAAGUUGUCUUUUAUGGACCUAAAUGGUGGUUCAUCAAAUGAAGAACACAUGGAAGAAGGUAAUAUGUUCAAUAGUGAAAAUGAAUUUGAUGUUGCUGCUCUCUAUUCAAAUGAAGUUCAUGUCAUGGAAGAAGAGAGUGAAUUUAAUCCAAAUAAAAAUGAUGGAGAGGAGACUGAAUUUAAUCAAAAUGAAGAUGAUGGUGAGGCUGAAAGUAUUGCAGCCAAUGAAGAUGAUGGAGAGGCUGAAAGUAUUGCAGCUAUGUCAACGAUGGUCCAACAUGAGACACAAACUUUUAAGAAAAAAAGAUCAUUUUUGAACAAUGACCAGUGGAAAAUAAUUUCUCAAUUAUUGAUAAAGAAUAGUUAUGGUGGAAAACUGGAACCCGGAACUGUUAUAUGGUUGGCAUCCAAAUACUCGGUAUCCACCUAUGUUAUUUAUCGAAUUUGGAAGCAAGUAUGUCAAACAGGUGAUGCAUCUCAUAAAAGAUCAAAUUGUGGUCGAAAAAGAGUUACGGUAGAUAUUGAAAAAGUGAGGGAUAUUUCGUUAGCUAAACGUAGCACUCUUCAGAGCCUCGCAUUUUCCUUAGGCAUUAGCAAAACAGCAUUAUUAAAGUUUGUAAAAGAUGGGACUUUGCGUCGGCAUUCAAAUGCACUAAAGCCACAUAUGAAAGAUAGUAAUAUGAAAGAUCGUCUUAGAUUUUGCUUGUCCAUGCUUGAAGAAACUAGUCUUCCCCGUGAUCCAGAGUUUAAGUCUAUGCAUAAUAUCAUCCACAUUGAUGAAAAGUGGUUUUACAUGACCAAAAAAUCAGCAAACUACUACCUUCUUGAAAAUGAGGAUGAGCCAUAUCGCACAUGCAAAAAUAAAAAUUUUAUUGGCAAGGUCAUGUUUUUAGUAGCAGUUGCUAGGCCUAGAUUUGAUAACGAUGAUAAAGAGAUUUUUUCAGGAAAAAUUGGCGUCUUUCCUCUAGUUCAGAAAGUAGCAGCAAAAAGGUCAAGUGUCAAUAGAGCUUCAGGUACACUUGAAACUAAGCCGAUUACUUCUAUCACUAAAGAAGUUAGUCGAAAUUUUCUAAUCAAUAAAGUGCUACCUACAAUUAAAGAAAAAUGGCCUAGAGAGCAUGCAAUGGAAACAAUUUAUAUACAACAAGAUAAUGCCCCGUGUCAUGUUUCUAUUGACGACGAAGAAUUUUGUAAAGCGGCUUCUGAAGGUGGAUUUGACAUUCGUUUAUCUUGUCAACCACCGAAUUCUCCUGAUUUAAAUGUUUUAGAUCUGGGUUUUUUUAAUGCCAUUCAAUCAUUACAGCAAAAGGAACCUUCAAAAUCAGUUGAUGAACUCAUUGAAGUUGUGCAAAAGUCGUAUGAUAAUUUUUCUAGCAAACAAUCUGACAAAUUUUUUCUCACACUUCAAUCUUGUAUGAUUGAAAUCAUGAAAGUUAAAGGAUCUAAUAAUUAUCGAAUUCCCCAUAUGAAGAAAGAUGAGGUUGAUUCUAUAUCAUGGAAUUCGCAUGGAGAAGAAAAUAUCAAGAAUGGAAGUUAA